CGAAACCCUCACAACCACCGCCAUCAACAAUUUCUUACAGACAAACCAAACCCAGACAACGGAAUAUUCCAUUGUCCACUACCAAAUAGGGAGCACUGAAUUCUUCAUCGACAACAUGCCUGCUCCUACGGCGCUGCAACGCGCUCCUGAAGCCCUCGCACAGACAGAGGCACAACUCCAAGAACCUUCCCUCAACCAACCCACCGAUGAGACAGGCGACCUUGACCUGAUCACCGCACCACAAGACACAAUUUUCUCUCCAGAAGGAACAGAUGACACGAGCAUGCAAGUCGACGAAGAAGGCCGACCUCGUUUCGCACCAGCAUCCCAGGCAGACUCUCCCGCCGCUGUGCGAAUACAGUCCCGCAAGGUCCCCAUCCCACCACACCGUAUGACCCCGUUGAAAACCAACUGGCCCAAAAUAUAUCCUCCGUUAGUCGAGCACCUCAAACUCCAAGUGCGGAUGAACGUCAAAUCCAAGGCGGUGGAGCUGCGGACGUCGAAAUUCACGACCGACUCCGGGGCUCUGCAGAAGGGCGAAGACUUUGUCAAAGCCUUCACCCUCGGAUUCGACACGGAUGAUGCCAUUGCUCUCCUGAGGCUGGACGAUCUGUACAUCGAGACCUUUGAAAUCAAGGACGUCAAGACAUUGCAGGGCGAACAUCUGGGUCGAGCGAUCGGUCGGAUAGCAGGCAAGGACGGGAAGACGAAAUUUGCGAUCGAGAAUACGAGUAAGACGAGAGUUGUGCUGGCGGACAGCAAGAUCCAUAUUCUAGGUGGGUUCCAGAACAUUAGAAUAGCCAGAGAAGCGAUUGUCAGUUUGAUUUUGGGCGCACCACCUGGAAAAGUGUAUGGGAAUUUACGGACGGUCGCAAGAAGAAUGAAGGAGCGAUUCUGAUCGAGGUGCAAGGCACGAUUUAUGACGGGUAUGACGGGUGAAAGAUGGCGUUACAGAGGGUUUUGUGCUUUGGUAGUACGAGGACAUCAGUAAACUACAAUAUUCCAUGCUUGGGUAGGAUCAAAAAAGCGUAGAAAGCAUGAGACAGAUAUGAAGACCAAUCAAUACUGAAUUGGCCAG